ACCGGUCCGACAACAUUCAUCUAGCCAUCACUUUUAAUUGCUUAGCUGACAGCAAAAGAAUUGCGCGAAAGGGUUGACUUGCUUGUUCUUUGAGUUGUUCUCUUUGUAACACUGAUCUAAUCAUGGCAUCGGAGGAUACAGUCUAUCAUCCUAAAGAUGCCAUUUCGGCCGCUAUCAAGACCACCAUGAUUACUGGCACAGCUGGCGCCGCCGUCUCGGCCAUUCAGAAUUCUCUGUCAAAGAGCAGUGUGAGCGCAUGGGGCUUUCUUACCCAUAGUGGAGGCACCAUUGCGGUAUUUGCGGCAAUGGGCGGAAGCUACGAAUUCGCCAGAACAGCAUCGGCCAAUCUACGUCGAAAGGAAGACAGCUUGAAUAACGCAAUUGGUGGUUUCUUCGGGGGAGCUGCUUUGGGUCUUCGCUUCCGGACAUUUCCUGCCGUCUUGGGAUACGGCGCCGGCCUAGCAGUUCUCAUGGGAGUGUUUGAUUACACAGGAGGGAAACUGUCAGGGUAUAUGAAAGACCCUGCACAGGAUGAAUUUGAGCGGAAAGAGGAGCUUCGGAGGAACCGACGACGGCCGUUGGAGGAGACCAUAGCAGAACUCGGCGAGGGGCGAGGGAUACACGCACCUGGCUACGCCGAGCGAAGAAGGGAGAGAUUGAGGGAGAAGUACGGCAUUGAAGUGCCUUGAAACCAAAAUUAUUCGCACAUGAGAUGACUGAUCAGAUCGUGAUAUUUAUGUUUUCCGUUGAAAGGUAUCGGCAAUAAUGAGUAGGAACUUGCAUGGAAAGGAUCUAGCGUGCUCAAUGAAUAGACGGCAAUUCAAUGCAAAUUAUGACUAUCGGAG